AUGACUUCCAUGUCGCAGGGUCUUGUUUUAACCACUGCCAUGGUUCUAUCAUGCACUGUGCUUUAUCUUUCUUUCUCAAGUAAAAUCAUUUCCCCAUCGUCCUUUAUUUCUGGGAAUUCCGAUUCCCAGGACUCUAGCAAACAAAAUCUACGCUCUUGCUUGUGUUCAGAGGAAAAGAAAGUAGAGAGAAAGAAGGAGAAGAAGAAGAAGAAGAAAGUACAAUUUGCAGAUAAUGUGAAGGAAGCAAGUGAAGGGCCAGAGAACGAACAGAGGGAGCAAAUCAGAGCAUCAAGAAGUUGCAGAGAUGAAAUUGAAGAGAUCAUGGGAAUGCCAGCGAACCGAAUCGCUCUGUAUAAUGGGAUUUUGAGAGACCGAGUACGUAAGAUCGAAUGCUCUUAAUAACGGACGUAGGAAUAAGGAAUCUGAAACUUUGACGCUCUGUCUCCUCUGUUUUUUUCCUUCUUCGUUUCACCCGAAAAGAGGGAAGCCUGAC